AUGGCUGCUCCCCCCGCCAAACGGCAGCGCAAACUGGUGGUUCUCUCAUCCUCAGAUAACGAAGAGCUGCCAUCAAUCGACAUAAACAGUCCCGAAAAGAGGAACAGCAGUAGUCUGACCUACUCUAGAUCAACGGUAAACACCAGUAUACCAUCGCGUGAGAUUCCGUCAAAACGGGCGAAGACGACAACAUCAACAACAACGAAACCUAAACCGAGCGAAAAAGGUAAAACAAAAGCGUCUUCUCGACAGCCAAAGAAGGACUCGAAAGCGGCUGUGUCGUCACCGUCGCCACAGAAGAAGGCUCGCCAACAAAAACAACAAGCCGAGCCAACGCGGUCAUUGCAUAGUUUCUUUCAGCCGGCCACCGAUGAACAGCGAUGGUCGUUUAGCAAAUCGGAUGCUAGUUCGCGGCAGGGACAGCAGGGGUCAUCGUUUGCGGAGCAGUUGGAAGAUGAUCUGAUUGAGGAUGACUGGUUGGAAGAUGACUGGAUCGAGGAUGAUCUACUCGGUGAUAUAAAUAGGCCGCAGAAGCUUACGAUUCAAGAUUCGGUCAAGAAGCAAGAUGCGGCGGUGUCUACGGCUUCAAAGCUGGCUUCGAAGCCAGCUUCGCGAACGACUUCGAAACGGUUCAUUCUAGAUGACGAUGCGCCUGUUAAACGGACCGAGGGGGCAACGCAUGCAGAAGAGACUGAUCAAAGACCCUGGUCGGAGAAAUAUGCGCCCAAUUCCGUUGAGCACUUGGCGGUUCACAAGAAGAAAGUGGCUGAUGUCAGGGAGUGGCUGAGCGCUGCGUUAUCUGGGAGAAGUCGACAUAAAAUACUUGUUUUACACGGUCCAGCGGGGUGUGGAAAGACUACAACUGUCUCGCUGCUAUCUGAGGAGAUGAAAUUCGAUGUUGUCGACUGGAAAAGCCCAUUUAGCACUGAUAGUGGAAAUGGUCAAUAUGCUUCUCUUAGUGCGCAAUUCGAUUAUUUUUUAAGCCAAUUAAACGGUUUUAGCGGUCUUGACCUUGACGAUUCCUCUGCAUCUUCAAGGCCCAAACAGGCAUCGACGCCGGCUCGGAAAAGGGUGAUAUUGAUCGAAGAGUUCCCGGCCAAUUUAUCCUGGGGGUCUACUGCGUUGUCUUCAUUCCAGACUUCUCUACGUCGGUAUUUGGCGAGCUCAUCCGGUUCACGAAGUAUAUUCGGAAGUACACCAGACACGACUCCGCCUAUUGUCAUCAUCAUUUCCGAGACAAUGUUAGGUUCGAGCGGGUCGACAUCUGAGAAUUUGACCGCGCACAGAUUACUCGGCCCAGAAGUAUACACUCAUCCUGGAGCUACGACCAUUGAAUUCAAUCCUAUAGCACCUACCUUUAUGCUGAAAGCCUUGCAAACCAUCUUGGGAAAGGAAACUGCUCAGUCAGGACGGCGGGAGAUACCUGGCACUGAAGCCUUGAAGAAGCUAUCGGAAUUGGGCGAUAUCCGAAGCGCUAUAUCUGCACUCGAAUUUCUCUGCGUGCGAGAUGUUACUGGCAGCCAAGGAUGGAGUGGUCGGGCUGCUUGGAAGUCGACAAGGAAGAGUACAGUCCCGCUAACUGCCAUGGAGAAAGAGUCGUUGGAGUUGAUUACACAGCGGGAGACUAGUCUGGGAUUGUUUCACGCUGUUGGCAAAGUGGUUUAUAAUAAGAGAGAUGAGGCUACUGAUCCAGGACAGCAACCGCAGGAAGUUCAUGUUGCGCCUCCAAGUCAUUUGCGGCAUUUGGAUCGACCGAAGGUUUCGCAGGUAUCUGUUGAGGAAUUGAUGGACAAGACUGGAACGGACGUUCACACAUUUACUGCGGCCUUGCACGAGAAUUAUCCGCCGUCAUGUGAUGGAUCGUCAUUUAUAGAGACGCUAGAAGGCUGCAUCGAGUAUCUGUCCGACAGCGACAUCCUAGGCUCGGAGACUCGAUCAUUCUUAUUCAACAGCCGGAAUGGAAUCGGGACAGCACGUGGUCGUCUUCUGGGUUAUGGCGCAAGUAUUGAUCGACUACGACAGGACGAGAUCAGUUUCCACGUUGCUGUACGCGGGAUAGUGUUCUCUUUGCCGUAUCCUGUACGGAGAAAAGUUGAGCAGUCUUCUUCUGCCAGCAAAGGCAAACAUGUCGGUCCAUUCAAGCUUUAUUAUCCAACUUCACAGCGUUUAUGGAAAGAUAUUGAAGAAGUUGAUGGCUUAGUGAAUCUGUGGGAGAGACAGCUCUUGCUCGAUCCAUCUGGUAUCAGACGGCCUGGCCACGGCUUGGCCGCUGGUCGUGACGGAGGCGUUGCAUCGUGGAAAUCGAACGCGAUGAAUGCGAAUCUAUCACUGAAUGCUGCCAAGCAACGAGACGAUAUCUCACAGCAAAUGCCUUUUAUGAUGUCUCGCGAAGAAAUGCUUCUACACUACUUGCCAUAUCUGUCGAAGAUCACGGGCGAUACCCAGUCCGGUCCUCGCGGACUAGAUAGAAUCACUCAAUUCAGCGGCAUAAACGCUCCAAAGGAAGAAGACUUUCUAGAUGAUGAUAUGCCACAAGAUAUUGAGGGCCAACGAGCCAAGAUCCAGAGUUUAGAUACAAAUGAGGUUGAGAAAAAGGAGGAACAACUGUUUCUGAGCGACGAUGAUAUAGAAGAUUAA